CUCAUUGUUUCCGUCAGUGCAGCAGGACGCGCACCCCAGUCCGGAGUAGUUGUAACAACUAAAACUCAUCUGUUGCAAGUGGACGUUUUGAAAGCUGCAUUUCGCCACGUGUGAAGCUAUGCGACCAUGUUUGGUUUAGACAGCGGGAUUCAGUAUCGUUUGAGAGGAGACCGUGACUUUGUACUGAAAUGGCCAACCAUGAGCGAAACAAGAAGAUGUUACUGGAACUGCUGAAGCAGCCGGUCAACAACCGGUGCGCGGACUGCGGCGCGCCCGAUCCAGAGUGGGCAUCCUACAAGCUGGGUGUGUUUGUGUGUCUGAUCUGCUCCGGUGUCCAUCGCAGCCUGUCCAGCCGGGUCAAAUCCAUAAAGCUGGACUUCUGGGAGGAUGAACUGGUGGAGUUUAUGAAAUCCAGUGGCAAUGCCAACGCCCGAGAUCUGUAUGAGAAAGCUGUUCCACCAUACUACUAUCGGCCCCGGGAAAAUGACUGUGUUGUCUUACGGGAGCAGUGGAUUCGGGCUAAAUAUGAAAGGAUGGAAUUCACAGGAGAAACCAAGUAUCCACCAAUUUCAUACACCACAGGUUUCUAUGAAGGGAUGCUGUGGAAGAAAGGGAAAGAGAACACACAGUUUCUGAAGAGGAAGUUUGUUCUGUCAGAGAGAGAAUUCACACUGAGUUACUACAACAAGGAAAAUGAGUCCAAAGGCCCUAAAGCUGUAAUCGCCAUCAAGGACCUAAACGCCACCUUUCAACCAGAGAAGAUUGGCCAUCCUAACGGGCUGCAGAUCACCUACCAAGAGGACGAUCACACGAGGAACCUCUACGUUUAUCACGAGAGUCCUGAGGAAAUAGUCACAUGGUACAACGCCAUUCGUGCUGCUCGCUAUGCUUACCUGAAGACAGCGUACCCAACUGGAAGCGAUGAAGAACUGAUACCAAAGAUAACAAGAAACUACCUCAAAGAAGGAUACAUGGAAAAGACGGGGCCAUUGCAAACAGAGCCGUUCAAAAAGAGGUGGUUUAUCCUGGACGCUCAAAACAGGAAGUUAUUCUACUUCAAAGGCCAGCUGGACGCAGAGGAGUUAGGGGUCAUUUUCAUCGGCACAGAGAGCAAAGGUUACUCUGUGAAGGAGUACGUCCCAAAGCAUGCUCGGGGAAACAAGUGGAAGUGUGGCGUCAUGGUGGAGACGCCCGAGCGACAGUUCGUCUUCAUGUGCGAGCAGGAGAGAGAGCAGAAGGAGUGGCUGAACGCCCUCAGACACGUCCUGUCCAGGCCCAUGUCUCCACAGGAUUACGCGGCUGAAGCCAACAUCAAGUAUAAAAAAUGAACUACAGAGAAGAUUGUCAACAGGACGAUGGUGUGAAAACUGCAGCGUUUGAAAACACAAGUGACUGAACUACUGCAACACAACAGAUGAACAGUGACCUGCACUGUAUCAGUACUGACUGUUCACCAUGUUGCUCCUCGGGCUGACGCUUGUCUUAAUGUUGUGGUGAAGCAUCUUGAACCCCGACGCUGGCUGUGCUCUCUGCCACAGGGUGGAUUAAAGACCUCCAUCCACUCACGUUAACUGACACUGGAUCUGAUGCUCACUCUCAGACUCUAUACUCAAUCAUUAUGCCAAACCCACUCAUGACCAAACACACACCCUGUCACACGAUCAGCACUGUUCUGUUGUAACAGAAGAUUGGUUUGCAGUCACUGCAUCAUCAUGCUAUGUUUGUUAUCUUAAAUUUCCUAAUGAAGGGGCAUAUAAUUGAAAAUGUGGUGGUGAACAUGUUUCAUGACAUCAUUCCCAGAAAAAUAAAUGACCUUUUUUUUGAAGAAA